GAGGAGGAGGAGGAAAGGAGCGUCGUCGUUGUCGUCGUCGUCGAUACCAGGCGGAUUGCUCGGGGUGAUGAUGAUGAUGAUGUUGUUGUUGAUGGUGCUGGUCCAACCGGCCAGGGCGGCUCUGAUACAGUUCCAGAACUGCCUGUCGCAGGACAUUGUCGAGUCGCAGCCUCUUCAGCUGCAGUUUGUGCCUCUGGACGUCUGGGCCUCGUUCGACUUUGACAACCCGCUGCGACCGUUGAACAUCACCGUCUACGGCAACGUCUCGGGCACCGCCGAUGGCUCGGCCUACUAUCCCUCCCCGGACAACUCCUCGUGGAGCAAUCCCAACGAUACCUAUGGCAAGAUCCCCUAUGUCUACAAGGCCACCAACACCCUGACCACCCUCGACGCCGCCUCCGGCGUUCUCACCUUCUCGCCGUGGACGGACCGCGAGGGAUUCUGCAGCGCCCUCGUCCAGGGCGAUUGUCCCCUGGCCCCGGUGUUUUAUGUCGACCAGUCCAAUCUCUCGGCGCUGCCCGCGUUUUCCAUCAAGCGCAACAUGUUGACCAGCUAUCGCUUCUCCACCAUCUGGACCACCCUCGAGAUCAAGUCCGGCGAUACCGCCGUCACCCCGCUGGGCUGCAUCUCCGUCUCCGUCACGCCCGAUCUCGGGGGCUCCCUCCGCGCGGCCCUCACCUUCACCCCCUUGGUCAUCCUGAUCCUCGUCGGCGUCGCCACCGUCCUGGCGGGUAUGUACACCCCCUGGGGGUCGACCGACCUGUUCCGCUGGACCAGCAACUACGGCCGCGACGAGGAUGUCCUGCGCCUGGUCACCCCGGGCUUCGCCGACUGCCUGCAGUACAUCCAGUUCGCCGUCCUGACAGGCGCCCUCUCCCUCAACUACCCGGGCUACUACCAGCCCGUGGUCGGCCAGGCCGCCUGGUCGACCCUCAUGUUCAACCAGAGCUUCCUCCACCCGGAUCAGGGUCGCAACCCGGUGCAGGACGGCGUCUACGCCCUCAACGGCUCCUACGGCCUCCAACGCCUGACCCAGGUCGUCGGCAUGGAGAACUCCAACGACGUCUGGCCGGGCAUGAUGGUCUGGCUGCUCGCCCUCGUCGCCAGCGUCACCGUCUUCGCCCAGCUGGCCUUCGCCCUGCGCUGGCUGCGCCGCGAGCUCGCCCACAUCCCCGAGGAGGACCUGCGCGCCAAAAACAUGCCCUUCGCCGUCGGCAACGUCAUCCGCAUCGUCUUCGGCUACUGCUUCCUGCCCCUCAUCUCCCUCUCCUUCUUCCAGCUCGUCAUCGCCCCGCACUCCCCGGCCUACACCGUCGCCCUCGCCGUCGUCGUCAUCCUCAUCCUCCUCGCCUUUGCCGCCUGGAUGGUCCGCGUCAUCGCCGGCACCCGCCCCAAGGCCUUUCUCUUCGACGACCUCUCCACCGUCCUCCUCUACGGGCCCCUCUACAACACCCUCUGCGAUGACGCCGCCGCCUUCGCCCUCGUGCCCCUCAUCGUCAACUUCGCCCGCGGCGUCGCCAUCGGCGCCCUGCAGCCCUCCGGCAUCGCCCAGCUCGUCCUCCUUGCCAUCUGUGAGGUCGUCUUCCUCCUCAGCCUCGUCGCCUUCCGCCCCUUCCCCUCCCCGACCUCCAUGAACCUCUACCAUGGCUGCUUCGCCUGCGUCCGCUUGCUGACCAUCCUGCUGAGUAUCACCUUUGUCCCCUCCCUCAACGUCUCCGAGGCCGCCCGCGGCUGGAUCGGCUACGUCAUCCUCAUCCUGCACGCCGUCGCCCUCGUCUUCGGCUUCUUCCUCAACGCCCUUCAGACCCUCAUCGAAGUCAUUGCCCGUCUCGCCGGCGCCGGCGGCUACGAAGGCGGCGCCACCCGCGGGGGUCUCACCAAGGUCUUUGGCAUGCGCCAGCUCUCCCGCCGCGGCACCCGCCGCCGCGCCGGCGUCGGCGUCGGCGUCGGCGCCCGCCAGAGCAUGGGCUCCGAGGCCGCCAUGCUGGCCCACGUGGACGACCGUAUGUCCUCGCAGUUUGACGGCUCCCGCCCGCGUAGCCUUUCGGGCAACUCGGCCAUGCUCCUGAAUCGUGCCAGCGACGCCCGCAUCAGUGCAGCCUUUGGCGACGGAGGCCGCAGCGUCAGUCACAGCCGCGCCAACAGCAGCGGCCCUUACACGCCCACCACCCUAGGCGGUGGUGGCGGCAGUACCUUCCUCCUCCACAGCACCACCACUGGCAGUAAUUCCCCCAAGAGCGCCGGGGGCACCACCGUCAUCGGCAUGCCACAGCCGCAUGAUCCCUACUAUCGACCCCCGCGGCCUCGACGCCGCGCCGCAGACGCUGCUGGCGGUGAUGAAGAUGGCGGCAAUGGCGGCAAUGGCGGCGGCGGCGGCGAGAUGUCCAUCGGCCAUGAGGAAGGACCCUCGAUAUCAGGGCGGGCGACGCCCGUCCCGGCCUACCUCCCAGCGCCCAAGGAUGACCUAGACUACGACGAUCCGCGGCAGUCGCGCACAGACUACGCCGUGCGCGAGGUGGACUUUUACUACCGGGUCCGCGGGCCCCCGCUGUCGCAGAGCGGCACGCGUAAGCUCAAGACCGGGCCUGCGGAUCCCACGGGACCGGUCUCGUCGGCGACGGGAUGGUUCCGCAGCCUGUUCAACGGCAAGACGAAAGAAAAGGGGAAAGGCUUCGAGGUGGUCCGGAGCUCGCGCGCCCCGCCUCCGGGUCUGAUGAUCCCCCCCGAGCGCGACGCCGAGUUGUUCAACGAGCCCUACCGUGAUGAUCCUGACGAUCCCGCCAGUCACUCUCGUCAGGCGUCGCAGACCAACCUGCCGUAUCGUGACUCGGAUGGCGGCCUACAUAAUUUCGAUCUCGCAGAGGCGAACCUGACGCUCCCGCAAAUCGAUGUCGGAGGUGGGAUCGAGCUUCCCAGUCGGAUGGGCUCGUCGCGCACCAGCGGCAGCCAGCCUGCGUUGCGCCUGGAGACGCCGUCGAUCCCGGCGCGCAGCUCGAAACGAGGCUCCUCGGUGGGCUCGAUCGAUUCCGAGAAUCUGGGAACGGAGAUUGCCGUUCCCAGUCUACCCGAUGAUCACCAUCACCUUGGUUUUGUCUCCUCGACCUCUGGCACAGGCCGGCUGCCCUUCACGGCAGAUCGGAACCGCAACCUGUCGAUCGCGUCGACGACCGUCUCGACGCGGUCGAGCCAGAACAUCGACCGCAACGGCAGCAUGGGCUCGCGGGUCGAGCGGCCGUCGAGCAUGGGCUUCGUCGUCCACCACCGCGCGCAGGACAACAUCCACGAACCCAGUCCGGAUGAGCCCUCGUUCACCGGCAGCGCCGCGGAGCUGGUCACCGUGCCUCUACACCCGACGGACUCGCAUUCACUAUAAUCAACUCUCUCCAGUCAACCUGGUCCUUUUUUCCCCUUGUUUUGACAGUCUUUGGCAGUCUUUCAGGUGAUACGAAUCUCCUUGGUCUUCUUGGUACCCUAUCUAAUAUAGUAUAUCCUCCUUUCUCUUCUUCUGCUCUUCUCUUCCUCUGUUCUCUUCUCUGUCAUCAAAAAUUGCUGCUAUUAGCCUGUUUGCUUGUCGGUGCUGUACAUCGGUUCGAUUCGUGUGAAAUAGGUCAGGUUGGUUAUUCUACAUUUGUAGUGUGUAGUUACGUCCAUUCUAUUCUAUAUAAUAAUUUAUUCUUCAUUCUAUUC